AUGCUGUUAUUCUCGGCUGGUCAAGGCAGAAUGCGGCUCCAACUUCCGUUCAUGUCUGGCCGGCGCUCCGCCGCGACGCUGUCGCUUCUCCAACUCCUUCUUGCCCUCGUGCUAGCACUCGCUGCGUUCCAGGCGACGGCGGCCACAGCGGCCAUGGGGGCUAAACACGCUUCCACGAACCAUGCGGACGACGGGAUGACAGCGGAGGAGUCAGACGGGGGCAUUGGCGCUUCUGGAUGGAUGUCGCUGAUUGUUGUUGACUCCAUCUUCUUGCUGUUUGCCGCCCUCUUCGCUGGCCUGACGCUGGCGUUGCUCGGCCUCGACACACUGUCGCUCGAGAUUAUCGCGGAUAGCGGCUCCGAACCAGACAAGACGUACGCACAGAAGAUUUUGCCCAUCCGUCACCUCGGUAACCAGCUCCUGUGCACGCUUAUUUUGGGCAACGUAAUGGUGAACACCCUCAUCGCGCAGAUCACCGACUCGCACAUCCACGGCUGGGUGGCGACGGUGGUCUCCACCGCGCUGACAACGCUCGGCGGCGAGGUGAUUCCGCAAGCCCUCAUGUCAGCGCACGCGCUGCAGGUCGGCUCCAAGUCGGCGCCGCUCGUGAAGUUCUUUGUGUGCAUCUUCUGGCCUGUCUGCAAGCCUCUGAGCAUGAUUCUUGACAAGUUCAUUGGCAAGGACCCUGGCCAGAUUUACGAGCGAAACGAGCUCAAGAAGCUCAUGUUCAUGCAUGCCGCCCGCAGCGCCGAGUCUGGCAUUGGCGCCGGCGAGGUCGAUCUUAUGGUGGGAGCCAUGGAACUGCACGAGAAGACGGUGAUGGAGGUGAUGACGCCGGUGAGUGAUAUGCUGAUGCUGGAGGCUAAUGAGCGGCUGAACGAGGAGACUAUUCAGCUGAUCUCCGACCGCGGCCACAGCCGAAUCCCGGUGUACCAAACCACAAAGAACAACGUCAUUGGCGUGCUGUUCGCAAAGGACUUGCUCAUGGCCAAUCCGCAAGAGAACACGAAGGUGCUUCUGCUGGUGAAGUUCUACAACCGCCGCUGCCACGUUGUGCCCUCUGAAACAAAACUGAUCUCGAUGCUCAAGUACUUCCAGACCGGCAAGUCACACAUCGCCCUCGUGCAGGAGGUGCAGCAGCGCCCCUACGGGGACCCGUACUACGAGGUGAAGGGUCUUGUGACCAUGGAGGACAUCAUUGAGGAGCUUAUCCACAGCGAGAUCUUUGACGAGUAUGAUGUUGACCCGCAUCAGAUUCAGCACACAGCGCUUGGCAACACCUCUAAUUUGGCGAAGCGGCAGAUCGGCCUCACCUCCAAGUGCUCGCGACGCGUCCACCUGAACUACAACGAGCUGCGUGCCGCUGCUCUCUUCCUGUGCGAGUCACUGCCCGAGCUCAGCAUGGAGGAUGUGUCGGCGCUGAUGCAGGGCAUGAUGGAGUGCACCACCGUAUACCGCGUCCGGACACCGAAGGACUCACGCGGCAUGACUGACGACGACAAGCAGAACGUGUGGCUUUAUCGCGAGGGUGUGCCGUCGUCCGUGUUCACCCUCGUCGUGUCGGGACGCGUUGAAGUGUUUGCGGGAAAGGACUCGAUCGCGCUGGAGAUGGGCAGUUGGUCAUUGCUAGCGACCGAUGCCCUUUCCUCUGACCUGUUUGUACCCACAUUUAGCUGCCGUGUCGUUCAGGACUCGACACUCAUGCAGAUAACGCGGGAGGCCUAUGUUGAAAUGCUGCGUAUAUGCAAUAACCCCGUAAGCGACACCUCGAGGACCGCCUCGUCGGCGGCGAAUGCGGAGCGCAAGGCGUCCAUGGAAUCUAUCUAG